GUGCCUCUGCUCCGCGAGCUGCAGCUGCCACGGUUUGAGUUUGUCCACUGGACGAUAGCGCUUCAAUUACCAUUAUUCAGACUUCACCAGAAAACAAACCGAGUCCGAGUUGAAGGUGCUCCCGGGGGGUCGCUGUGUUGUUAUCGGCGGAUAGUUCUUGAUUUGUCGGUGACCGAGGUGUGAGCGCAGGAAGCCGCCUGACACCUGAGGACAGAAAACACAGGGAGAUGAGGCGGCGUCGCUCGCGUUUCCCGUGAGAAGACAAUCAAACCUUUCCCCGAAUGGAUUCAGCCAAAGUUUCACUCAGGAAGAAACCGCAGAUUCCCGCAGCGGCAGACAGGAGCCAGCUCCAGGAGGUCAGUGCCAGAAGUCUGGAUUUGACAAAGGUGAGUCGUCUCCUUAAAGAUCCGUUGACGGCUCAUUUGAAGGAGAGGCACCUGUUUGUCCUGAAGAAACUAUUGAAGAGAAGCCAAAUUGGUUUUCUAUUGAAGGAUCUGUCCGACGUCACCAAAAUUCUCAAUAUCUGUGCUGACAAAGCGAACGAUCAUCCUGAAUAUGUUCCCAUAUUGUGUGAGGCUCUUAAAAUCUGCAGAUCUCCCUUCCUGAAGGAGAAAACAUCUGAUGAGCUGAACUACGCUCAGGACGUCAUAGAGUUCAUCUCCCACAUGGGGUGUCUCAUGAGGGUGUCAGAUGCUGAAGUAAAACAACAGAUAGUUGAAUGUGUGAAAUCAUUCUACAACAAUGUGGCUCCUCAACAGCUGAUCGACGGUACGGACAGUGCCACCAAGACAAAGCCUCGGACUUUAUGCCCUGACAGAUUUUCUAGACUUUCCCUAAGUCUCCAGCCAACCUCUCCAGGCUACAGGCUGCAGCUGCUGGAGCUCAGUGACGUGGCACAGACGCUGCUCCUCUCCAUGACCACUGUGGAGAACCAGCCCACCAUCAAGCUGCAGCUCCUGAAGACCCUUCAGAUCCUCUCAGGCUCCUCUGAUAGGAACUGUGCUUUAAUACUGAAUGCACAGGGAGCCGAGACUAUCUGUCUUCACAUGAACCAGCCCGACCCGUCCGGUCAGGUCCUCUUCCACUCCUCAGAAAUCCUCUGGAACCUGCUGGAGAGAGGCAGCAAGGACGAGGUCACCGCUCAGCUCAGCAGCAUGGAGUGUAUCGAAUCUCUGAAAGAAGCGUUUUUUCACCAGCUGAUGAGCGAUUUCAACCCUUCGGACCUCCAACUCAGAAAUGAUCUGCUCGUGAUCAUAACUCUCAUCGCUGAGAACACCAACUCUCUGCUCAUUGAGAGUUCAUUUGCAAAGCAGCUCAUGGUUUUCGUCACAUUUCCUGAGUUGAAAACUCACAAUCCCCUGGUUCGCAACUUCAAACUCAGGUUCAACAGCGAAGAUUUGAAAAUGAAGAAGUUGCUGUUGAAUCUGUUGGUUUUAAUGUCAAAGGAUUUGGCCGCCCUGCAGCUAUACAAAGAAGAGCAGGUGAUGCCUGCUCUGCUGACGCUCGUGAAGCCACCUGCUGCCAAGUCUGAGCGACAGUCAGGUUUGCGUUACUGGUCCUCCAUCCAGCAGGAAGAGCUCCAGCUGCAGGCGCUGGCCACGCUCUCCACCAUCGCUCCGCUCAUGUUGAACGACUACAUGUCCUGUCAGGGAAACGCACGCCUGCUGCUCCUGCUGGACUGGUGCAUUGGGAGAGAUUCUUCCGUCGGUGAUGGCCACAGUUCCCAUGGCACCGGAGGCAGAGGCAGUAAGAAGGCUCAACUGAGGCACUGCAUCAGAGUCCUCCGAUCUGUGACGUCUUUAGGUGAAGAGUCAGUCAUCCAGGACCUUUGUGACCAAGGAACCAUCACUCAGCUCACGGAGAUUGUGAUGCGGAUGGAAGCGAGUCCCGAUGAGGAGGAUGCAGUGUCUCUGGAGAUAAAGUCAGACAUUCAGCUGAUACUUUCAGCGCUGUGUGAGAGCGACAUGCACAGGAAGGAACUGUUUGCGUCAGAGGGAGUUGAGAUGACACUUCAUUUCCUGAAGAAAGGUUCUGACAAGUUCUACGGCGGUCUGGGACACAACAAGCUCAUCCUCUCUACGGUCGACUGUGUUUGGUCCUGUAUCGUGGGCUGCUACACCACAGAGGAUUAUUUUUUGGCUAAAGAAGGAGUGUUUCGUCUGCUCGACUUGCUCGUCUCGAGCCCCAGGUGUGUUCACGGCAUCGUUCUCGCAACCCUGUUGGAGUUAUGUGACAACCCCAACACUCUGACUGACAUCCGGAGCUGGAGGGAUGAGAGCGGCCAGACAGCUUCCAAACUCCUGCUGCAGCUGUGGAGGCUGGAAGAGGAGGAACUGGGAGUCACCAGAAACAAACAUGGAGGAAUAACAGAGCCCCAGAGGUUCGUCCUCAGGAGGAACCAGCAGGACACCCAGCUGUCAGCGAACAUGCCGAGUGCAGCAGUGCUGGAGAUGUCAGAGAACCUGCGGUCGAAGAUUUACUCCAUCUUCUGCAAACUUGGUUUUCUGGACCUCCCCGGAUUGUCAUCCAAAGAUUAUGUGACUUUGGGCAUCGUCAGGAGAUAUCUGGACUUUAAGGUUGGUGAGGUGUGGGACGAGAUCAGCACGGAGCUGAUGUUAGAAGGCUUGAGGCCGAUCAGCCCAGACCGGGAGUCUCUGCGCACCAUCUGUAAGAUCACAGAGGACACUGCGAGGAUGAUGAUAACAGAACAAAACAGCAUCCUGGAGCAGCAGGAGAAGGAGGACCUCAGAGAGGAGGAGCUCAUGUACACGGAGAUAAAGUCUCACUGGAAACAGAAGGAGCUCAUAGCAAAGUCUUGGGACAGUUUGGUUUCCAGAACUUCAAACUAUGAAAUCCUGAAGGAGGUAAAAGCACAGAGGAAGAAAGAGGUGGAAUCAUCGAGACCCUUAAAGGACGCGGAUGCUGCGUUUCACUCUGCAGAGCAUCUCGUUGGGCAGGUGAUGGCAGCAGAGAACUCUGAUGCUCAGGCGCCUGCAGGACUGAAGCUGACUUUGACCAGAGGUCCAAUCGGGAGUUCAGAUGUUGAAGAGAAACAGCAGCCGAUGCAGACGUGACAUCACUUGUGCACAAUCAGCACCUUGUAGUCUGGUCCAGCUCUCUACCCUUCAUACACACACACACACACACACACACACACAAACACACACACACACACACACACACACACACACUGUAACUGUUCGAUCACAAAUACAUGCCUGGCUCUCAUCCUUACCCGAACUUAAAUCUAAUUCUAACUUAAAACCAAGUCUGAUCCCUCAAACAGCCCUUUGAAUAAGUGAGGAGAGGUAAAAAUGACUGAUGAUUUUUUUACAUGGCUGAUAAUAACUUCAUGUUUCUUAAAACGAAGUUCAGCCUGUAGUUUAUACACACCUGAAGGUAAAAUGAGUUGAAGAGUGUUCUUUGAUUUUUAGUUUGCUGAUGUUUUAUUCCAGCAUAUCUGAUGGACGCUACAUCUUUUACAGUGAAUGUAUAUUAAAAAAGCAUUUCAAGAUGGAGAAUUAAAGCACU